CAUCACAAUUGUCGGUCUCAGCAACACAAAAUUGCUCGAGUGCUUUCGACCAUGGCAAAUGUUUUUCGUAAUAGUCACGUUAGCUCUGAAUCAACUCGAUUUCGAAAAUGGGUUUGGAAAGACCCAGUCUGUUACUACUAAGACAACUGCAACUGCCCUGAGUGUUAAGUCAAAACGCCGUAUCGCAUUGUCUGUGUGUUUUGGAGAGCUUUCGAAAGAAAUAAAAAAGAAGCUUAAAGCUCUCGAAAGCUCUUUAAAAGCAAAGACACAAAUACGAUACGGUGCUUUGUCCCUCACGUAUACGCUCUCAUUAUCCAAGAAGCCCAGUUUGGUAUGACAUCCUAAUUUUGUAGCGCGUUAUGGUCAUAGGUAGCCAACAUGAAAAUUUAAUUACAGUACUGCAUGCUGUGUUCAUUGAAAUAACUAGAAAUUCUAACAGACAAGCAUGAUGAAUGAAAUCUCCGAAGAAAAAUACUCAGAAAAGAAAACUUUGAAGAUCUGAAGCACAAAUUUAAUGACUCUGAGAUUUAAAACUCUGCAAUAAGAGAUUCUCGAGUAAACGACGUUUAAGUUAAUGAGUUGCGAGUUAGUAACCGAUUCUGAAAACUGUAGACGUGAAGACUCUAGAGGUGAAGACUCUAGACGUGAAUACUCUAGAGGUAAAGACUCUAGAGGUGAAGACUCCAGACGUGAAGACUCUAGAGGUGAAGACUCUAGAGGUGAAGACUCUAGACGUGAAGACUCUAGAGGUGAAGACUCUAGACGUGAAGACUCUAGAGGUGAAGACUCUAGACGUGAAGACUCUAGAGGUGAAUACUCUAGAGGUGAAGACUCUAGAGGUGAAGAUUCUAGAGUUGAAGACUCUAGAGGUGAAGAUUCUAGAGGUGAAGAUUCUAGAGGUGAAGAUUCUAGAGGUGAAGACUCUGUAGAGGUGAAAACUCGAGGCGUGAAGACUACUUCUUCACAUUACAGGAAUUUACGACUCUGUAGUUGCUUAGUGUUAAAAUAUGUGAUUAGACUCUCUACAGCUAGAGACUCCCAAGUCUCUUCCUAAUUCCCUUUAAUGUUGUUGUCGUUGUUGUUGUGUGUUUGAUGUUCUUAUAAUUGUUUUUUGUUUUCGAUUGCUUUAACACUAAAAUCUCACAUAACAUCAGCAGAGAAAAUUCAAU